AUGGAUACAAAAGACAACAGCGAAGUACAGGAAACAGAAGAUGAGAGCAAUAUGAUAGAUACAGAAGGGAACACAAAUAUGACAGAUCCACAAGACAACAAGAAUGUGACUGAAGUAGCUCUAGCUCUAGUUGAAGCAACCAUUGCUGCUGCUGUUCAGUUUGUGAAAGAGUCUAUAAAUCCUAUCAAAAACAUUAAGUGGAUCACUCAUGGUGAAUUCACACCAGAAAGGGGCCGUAGACAGAUUGAAAAGUUUGUUUCGAAAUGGGAGUAUCAAAGUCGCUGGGUGCACUACACAGAUUUUAUUGAGAGGGAAGACUUAAUUCAUUCCUUCCGCUACAUCUACUGUGUGCGGUGGAGCGUUCCCACUGCUCUGAAACCCAUGCCUCGAGUCAGCGCCGCUGCCUUCUUCACCAUCAAGUUCAACAAAAAUAAACCUCCGGAUAUGCCUGUUGAUGUCUCUUAUGUCUUUGAGGGCCAAGCAUUAGUUCAAAGACCAGGAAUGAUUCGCUUUCGAGAAAAAUGGCUGAGGGACAUUAUUGAGGCCAAACACAUUUUAAUGGAGUCACUCCCCUUCUAAUUCAAUUAUCUGAUUCUUACAUAAUGUUUUAGGAUUCUUUUUGAAAUCAGAAUAUAUUAAAAAUAU